GCCUCACAACUAUCAUUGCUUCCUAAUAUAAUAACAUAAGGACAAUAAUCUCUAAUCACUAGAUGCUCAAUUUCUUGCUGCUGCUUCAUUCUCAAUAUAUAUACACAUAUAUCAUUUUUCAUUCUUAAUAAUAAUCACUACAAUAAAAUCGUAUAUUACCGAAGGUUUAUUACCGAGGGCCAUUUGCCCUUCGGUAAUGUCUGCUUACCGAGGGUCGUUUGCCCUUCGGUAAUGUCUGCUUGAUAUUCGAACCACAUCUUCAUUUAGCCAUUCUCUGGAGAGAUCCACCCGCACACAUUUCUUUUUCUCUCGAAGCUUCCCUCGUCUUCGAUCCAUAUUUCAAGUUCCUUCGCCUCAGAUCUUAAUCCGCCCAGCCAUGGUUAGUCUCUAGAUCUUCAUUAUCUUGUACAUUUCUCCCUUACCUCGGCCUAAUCCACCAAAGAAUCCAUUUUUCACCGAUUGUUCUAUCUUUUGCCCGAUUAAAACCGCUGUUCAUUCCAUUCCAUCUAUUCAAUCGUUGAAUCCUUUCUCUCCACCGAUCAAAACAUCCCAAAUCCCUAACCCUAGAAUUUGCACCGAUCAAACCAUUCAAUCUAGGGUUUGCCUUCGUUUUCCGUCAUCCGUUCUUCUUCUUCUUCGAUUAGCUCGAUCUGUGCCAGUUUCCAAGGUUCCUCGUCGAUCCGCCUCGAUCUAAACUAUCUCUCCAAAAAUGAUUGUCUUUCUUGCUUCGACACUGCCUCCACCCAAAUCCGCAACUGCUCCAAAGCCAAUGGCGCCAGAGUUAUCUACAACGAUUGCUUCCUCAGGUGACAUACUGGGAGCAACUGAGUUAAGAGGACCAGUUAACUACAAAUAUAAUGAUUUGAAAGCUGGAACUAAAAAUUUCAGUGCUGAAAAUAAACUUGGAGAAGGAGGUUUUGGUGCUGUAUACAAGAACAGAACAAGAUUUGUGUCUUUGGGUGCUGUGAGCAAUGAUUUAGUUGAAGAGAGUGUGGAAGGUGAUGACCUAAGGAGCAGAAUCUUGAGGCUAAGGCUCCCCAAGCGAAGCGCCACAAACAUUCUUCAGAAGUGGGUCCUUCAAGGGAAUCCUGUUACGCUCUCUCAGCUUCGAGAUAUUUCCAAAGAGCUUCGAAGAUCACAAGGGAAAGUAGUGCAAUUGCUGUUUGUUUUGUCAUAUCAUGCAGUAUGUAUUAGAUUCGUUUGGUUAAUUGUAGGUGUAGUGCAUUAGGAAUUCAAUUUUACACGUUGCUAUUAUUCGGUCAAAUUGACCUGUGUGCUUAAGCUGGUCGGUGAACUUGUUCUAAUGCAUUCACAAAUUGUGUUUUUUUAAUUGGAUAAGUGCAGAUUUUUCAGAGAAAUAAAUGAGCUGUUAUAGUGAA